CGACUGAGGGACACUGGGGAGCUAUGACGUCAUGAAUUAACUGGUAAGGGGCGUUCAUCCGGGACUUAGCGUCGGCUCACCACGUGACCCCCUGAAUAACAGCAAACAUGGCGGAGCCCUCCUUUGGGAGUUCAAGCCCAGCAGGAGGUUCUGCUGCCUCAGAUGACCAAGAGUUUGAUCCCACCGCGGAGAUGCUUGUCCAUGACUUUGACGAUGAAAGGACCUUGGAUGAAGAGGAGAUGCUGGAAGAAGAAACCAAUAUUAGCACUGAAAUUGAUGACCUUGCCCGUGAGGGUGAAAUGCCAAUACAGGAGCUAUUGAACAUGUACGGAUAUGGGAGCGGCGGGUCGCCUGAGGUGGCCGAGGAAGAGGAUGAUGAGAGGGAGGAGGAAGCAGAGGAGUACGCGGAUGACGUGACGGACGAGAACAGCAGGAGCACGGGGGACCUGAACCGGCUCUCGGGUGAGCGGGCAAAGGACAUGUCGGUCCAAGAGGACGAGAUCCAGUCCUCGAAUGGCGAACGGACCCCAUUUGUCUCCUCGCAUGCGGAGCUGAUCCGUCCACGGAGGUGCAAGUACUUCGAAAGCAAUGAAGACGAAUCGGAGGAUGACGAAGAUUACGUUCCCUCUGAGGACUGGAAAAAGGAGAUCAUGGUGGGAUCCAUGUACCAGGCUGAAACACCUUCUGGGCUUUGCAAAUAUAGAGACAAUGAGAAAGUUUACGAAAAUGAAGAUCAGCUGCUUUGGGACCCACAGUCCCUCCCUGAGAACAAAGUGGUGGAGUUUCUCGCAGAAGCCUCCAAGCGUACAGGCGAGGAGAAAGGAGUGGACGCCAUUCCGGAAGGAUCUCACAUCAAGGACAACGAGCAGGCCCUUUAUGAACUGGUGAAAUGCAAUUUUGAUACAGAUGAAGCCUUAAGGCAACUGCGGUUCAGCGUAAAAGCUGCCAGAGAAGAACUGUCAGUUUGGACUGAGGAAGAGUGUCGGAAUUUUGAACAAGGAUUAAGAGCUUACGGGAAGGAUUUUCAUUUAAUACAAGCAAACAAGGUGAGAACUAGGUCUGUUGGAGAAUGUGUGGCCUUUUAUUACAUGUGGAAGAAAUCUGAGCGUUAUGAUUUCUUUGCACAGCAAACCAGAAUUGGCAAAAGGAAAUACAAUCUUCACCCAGGUGUUACGGAUUACAUGGAGCGGCUGCUGGACGAGACCGAGAGCACGGCUUCCAGUUACGCCGCCUCUCCCCCUCAGACCUCGUCCACCUCGGACCGAGACGACAGCUGCUUCCAGAACGGUACGAGUCAUGAGACUGGAGAUGACCGGAGCGGCGGCCCAGACGGGGUCAGGGACGAGGAGGCGCAGAAGAACGGCCCCACUCACGGCCAAGAACAUUGCUCCUCGGACAAAGACACCAACGGCUGCUGCAGCGAGGACUCUCAGAACCACAGCAAAUCUGGGUUUGAGGAGAACCACCGUGCCGGUUCCUAUGAGGAUGCUGGGCCUGAGAACCCUGUCAAAAAACGCAGGACGGACAGCAGCUCCCAGGGGGGCCCUGAUCCCAACAUGAGCAAGGCUGAGGAUCACUGAUGCUUCUGCACAGGGUGCCCUCUAGGGGCAGGAGUUUGACAGAGCCUCCUGCAUGCCAGGGGUUCACCAGCAAAUUUGGGAAGACUGUAUGCAACCUCUGCAGUCUUUUGUAUUCCAAAGUACAAAUCCUUACAAAUUAGGAAGAUUUUUUUUCUCCUUCCUCCUCACUCCUUUUAAGGGACCUUUCAGAAAUUUAAAGAAGUGCGUUUGUAUUACAGAUCGUCGACUGAUAUUUUUUUAUGCAAGAGAUAUUUAUAUAUUUUGAUUAACGGUGGAAGUUUCAGUCUUUCAGGAGCAGGUGAGUGUUUUGACAACAGUUGUAACUUGCAGUAAGCAAGGGGAACCUGAGCUUUAUAAGCACACGAUAUUGCACUUUCAUUUAGUUUUGUACAAGACUGUCUUUGCACCAUGAGUACAUCAUUAAAUCAAAUAAAACUGACUUUGAAGCCUUACACACAUCCACUCGUUUCAGUAGGGAAAAAAUUAACCAAUGGGUUUAUUUGCUAAUGACAUCAGUGAUGUCCUGUAUAGUACGUGUGUUAUGGGGGCAGAUUGAUUCAUAUUUCCCGAUACUUAGUGUUUUUUUUUUUUUAAACUAUGUAUUCUUUCAUAUAUCAAGGUAGAUUUUUCUGAUCUUAUAUGGUUUUUACUUUUAUGUAGUUCCUUUUUUUUAAGCUGCAGACUAGCAUUUCCAUGUCUUAAAACAGAUGUUUAAAUGUUUUAUAGAGUUUUUCUCUUUAUCUUUUUUUUUUGGUGAGCAUUUUGGACUGAACCUUGAGCAACCACCUAACUGCAUAAAUUGACUGCAAUCUUCAUGAAGAAAGUGACUCGGUGCGAUUUUGUUUAGUAUCUGUAAUCAUAGAACUUAAUAUUCAAUGUAGAACUAUUUGUUUUUAACUGAAUUAAGAACUGCCUCACGUGGAUGUUUGGGGGGGUUUAAUGGCUUUAUCCAAAGCGUUUUUUUGUCUGCUUGAUGUUUUGUUAAUGAACAGGCCAGUCUUAUGUGGUAAAGUUUUCCUUUCGAACCUUUAAAGUUCUGACUGGGCGAAGAGUUGUAUCAUUUUCUUAGCUAUUGAAAAAAAAUCAGUUUGUGUGUUUAGGUAUUGUUCUUGAGUGUAACUUACUGAUAAUCAAGUUUGUUGAUAUUGUACCGUUUACCACUAGCAAAACCUGCCGGACCACCAGAUCACCCUGAUGUAUUGUAACAUAGUACUAGUUAGCUUUCAGUCACCAGUCAUCCAGUGUGUCAGACUAGUCUGCUGCAAUUUAAAACCAAAAUGGAAAAAAAAAAUAGCUCGACCCCCCCCCCCCCUGCCCCCCCCCCCCCCCAGGUGGCUGAAGUAAAUAUGGGUGCAUUGGAUUGAGUAAAUUGCCCUUUGAAGGUGAGUACAUAAAAAUGUAUAAAUAUUGCCCCUUACUGCAUUGAGAAUCCUUGAGCAAACACCGUUUCUUAGGUCACACAGUCACAAAACAAACCAUUUUACCGCCAGAUGUUCAACACGUUGAUCAUCACUGUUUUGUUCUCAUCCCAUGUUCUUGAAUAUUUAUAUUAUCCUUUUGUAAUUACUAAAGAAUAAAAUGGAACCUAAUUCUUUA